AUGGGACCCGGAAAGGGUGGCCUGAAGGAUAAGGGAGACAGUAACACCCACCUGGCCUACUUCACGGUGGUCUUGAGCCCAGGUGAGACGGUGGAGAUAGAAGACCUUGAAGAGAAUAAGGCCCUGUGCGUCAGUUACCGAGCCCAGGCGGUUUAUGGGCUGUGCGAGGAGGUACAGGCGACCGUGCAGAAACACACUCAGGGCCUGCGACACAGCAAGGAGGAGCUGAACAGGCUUAACCAGGCCAUCCAGCGGCUGACUGCGGAGGUGAACAGCGCUAAGAGUCAGCCCUGUGAACUAGACAGAGCCAGGGAGCCACGAGCUCUGCAGGAGGAGGGUGCCUCAGACAGUGCCCAGGGCAAGCUGGCCUGGCUGGAGGCCGCCCUGCAGCGAGCCAAGCAGGACAUGGCCCGGCAGCUGCGGGAGUACCAGGAGCUCAUGAUCGUGAAGCUAGGCCUGGACUUUGAGAUCGCCACCUACCGCAAGCUGCUGGAGGGCGAGGAGAGCAGGCUUGGUCCGGGAUUUGGGGCAGGAAGCUUCACCCUGGGCAGCGGGCUGGGCUCAGCCUCUGGCCCGGCCAACCUGCUGCCUCCCCAAGCGGGCUCCGGCGCCCUGGACACGAGCGCCCCUGGCGGCGGCUGCGCGCUCUGCGGCUCCCCCGGGUGCUUCGGGGGCUUUGGCUGCAGCGGUGCCCGCAGAUGUUGAACCUUCCUGCCAUGCUCUGGAGAAAACCCUAGCUUCUGCCCCAAGGACUUGACCCUCUGUCUCAGACGCUCUCUCCCACGGAGCUAGCCGUCACCUCAUCUUUCCCUCUUGCCUGCCCCCACCCCGGAGCGUAAAGUCUUGGAAUCUAGUUUACCGGACGGUGACUGUCCGGUUUCCAGGGUGAAGAUAGCCCGGAUGCUGAGCCACUGAGGAGGCCAUGUGGCUUACCUGGACCCAGCACCCUGUCCCUCUGACCUGCCCCCACCCCUUCACUCUUAUUUUCCUAGGACUCCUCCUUUGCAAUAAAAGUUCUUCAGUGGACUGAG